AAAUAUUUCAUAAAGAAAAAUUCAAACAAUAGAAAUGGCCAAGGUUGUGGGCAACCCUGCCCAGAUGGUUGUUGCUUUGCUCUUCCUUUUGGCCCUCAUGCUUUCCAUGAAUGAAAAGCAAGGGAUGGUAGAGGCAAAGGUGUGCGAGAAGCGGAGCAAGACAUGGUCGGGAUGGUGCGGGGACACAAGCCAUUGCGACCGGCAAUGCAAGAAUUGGGAAGGUGCCAAACAUGGAGCUUGCCAUGCUCAAUUUCCUGGAAGGGCUUGUUUUUGCUACUUCAACUGUUGAAAACCAUGCAAUAACCUUUCUCCAUAUCAUUCCCCUUCUAAAAAAAUAAAUGUUUCAGUUGCUUAAUGUGUGUUUUUCUAUGUGAGUGUGAAGGGAUCUAUAUGUAAUUUAAGUUUCUAAUUAAUGUUUUUAUGUUUGAGAAGUUCAUAUGGUUGGGAAAGUGA